AUGCGCGAUCACAUUACGUGUCGAGAUAGUUACGAUAAGUUACGUGAUGGAGUUGCUUUGUGCAUUAUCUGGCACGUGAAAAACUCCCCUGGUCAUCUAUUAGAGGGUACUCAAUUUCGAGGAUCCUGCUGGGCAUUCUCAGUCGUUGCAGCAGUAGAAGGAAUCGUGGGUAUCACCAACGGUACACUGCCGGUGCUCUCCGAGCAACAGCUAGUAGAUUGUGUGACUACAAACUUCGGCUGUGGAGGCGGUUACCUAGAAUAUGCUUUCGAGUACAUUAUCCAAAACCAAGGAAUUGCGUCCGAGGAUAGCUAUCCAUAUGGAGCAGUACAGGGGACCUGCGAUGCAACAAAAGCAGCAGAGCACGCGGCACAGAUCAAGGGUUUCACGCAUGUCCCGUCUGGGGAGGACGAGCUCAUGAAGGCAGUUGCGCAGCAGCCGGUCUCAGUCAUAAUCCCAUCAAGCGGCCAAGAGUUCCAGUACUAUAGUGGAGGCGUGUUCAAUGGGGAAUGUGGCCCGAAGCUAGACCACGCAGUCGUCGUGGUUGGGUACGGGACAAGUGAAGAAGGAACCGACUUUUGGAAGAUCAGGAACUCGUGGGGCGAGACAUGGGGUGAACGCGGUUACAUGAGGAUUCAAAGAGGCAGUGGUAGUUCCGAAGGAAUAUGCAAAGUCGCAUCGGCAGCUUCUUAUCCAACUGCUUGA